AUGAAAUAGGCUAGAGAAAGCAGAAACUUUUAUAAUCAUGCCUCAAACUCCAAGUUCUAUGCAGAAGAGGCAUGCUAUCCUCAUUAUCAUGAUUACUGCAGAUAAGGUUAUUGCAUAUAGCCAAAAAAUCACAGUUAAAACUGUGUGAAUUGCUAUUCAAACAGUGUCAACUACUCAGACUCGAAAACAACAACGACGACCAAUUAUCCGCGAUCCACUAUGACUCCUUCAUCUCAUCACAACUUAUUCUCCUACGACAAAGCUUAUCCUAAACUCAGCAAAAAGCAGUACUUUGAGAUUGUGGAGUUAGAAAACUAGAUCAAACUCAUCAAAGAGCCCAAGAAACCAAGCACAGCCUACCAGAUAUUUGAGAACAAGGAAUUUAAUCUGGUUAAGAAGCAGAUGCCACACUUGCAGAGCAAGGAGAUCUCAGAUUUUCUGUAUCAACAGUGGAAGUUCCAACUUGACAACUCUGAUAAAGAAAUCUAUUUUGAGAUGGCAAAGCAGCAAUCUUAAGAAUACUUCCAGCAACUCAAACAGACUAUUUUCGAGAAGAACCUGCUAAGAUAGAAGAUAUAUGAUAUCAAGUACAACUGUAUCGAUAAGGUUGUUGCUUCAAGAAGCAUCCCUCACACAUUAUAGAACUAGUCAGCAUCUAGCAAUGGCUCAUAAGGAGCAGUCAAGCCAUCAGGCAAGCUAAAGUUUAUGUCUGCCUACAGAUUCUUCAGGAGGGAACUUGUCCCAAUAAUGAAAAGCACUCACCCAGAAAUGGAUGGCAAAGAUCGCCAGAAAAUGAUUAAAGAUCAUUGGAGAGAACUCAAUGACAAUCAAAAGUAUGCUUAUGUAUAGAUGAGUAGAGCUGACAGAGAGAAAGCUCUUUACAUUCACAAGUUGUGCAGAAUCAAGAACGAUCUAAUGAAGAACAACCCUGAGCUAGUGGAACAGAGAGAUAUUGUUGGCAGAAUUGACUAAAGAAUAAAGGAGGAGUUAGAAGACGUAUCUGAGGACAGCUCUGAAUUUGAGUAGAGCUUUGAUGACAACGAGGAGACUGAUUACAAAGCUGUUGGAAAAGUUAAGACUGAGGGCAAAGAGUGA